AUGUCAGACAAUUACCAAAGUUCACCUUUCUUUGGGGCAGAAAGGGCUCUGCAGCCUUCUCUGCCUGUGCUGAGCAACUCCACACACUCAGGAAGGGUGUGCAACCACUCCAGGGUCUCCACCCCAGAUGUGAGUUCAGCAAGGCUUCUGCCAUCAGCAUCCAGCACUUCUUUCCAGCCACUCAUGGGUAAUGCCUAUGUUAACCCACAUGCUGGCACAACCAUGCUGUCAGUGAUGACUGAGCAUGGCCAGAUCUCCACAUCAGCACCCUCCUAUCCAGGUGAUCUCAAGUCAGAGUUCACUGGAAUCAUGGAUGGGAGGAAAGAUGUACUACUCCAAGAAUUCAAUGUGACAAUCAAUGACCAGGACACUACACUCUCCUCCCUGGCUAAGACAAACCAGUGUGAUAAAAUUUUAGAUUCCAAUGCCAUACUUCCUUUUUAUCCAACACUGCCUGCCAGCUUUGUCCAGGUCACACCACCGAAAAUGCCAAAUCAAGGAUACAGACUGGAACCUUCCUAUCAGGAGGGUAGCCAUGUCUAUUACUAUGAGCAUAACAGCCUGGGCCCUCUGAUAGCUGAAGAAUUUGGGCAGUGUUUGCCAGCCCAUGGCUCUGUGUCCUACCCUGGGAGUCAGACCUCUGUGCUCCAACCAGAGAUGGUGAUGGUGCUAAAGGAGAUUCAGCCAAGGAAUGUCCAGAUACCACUCUUUACCUCUGCCUUCUCCUAUUCCACAUCUGCUCAAUCCAUGCCAUACAACAGUCUUCCAGUAGUUCAAACGGAGACAUCCCUGGGAUUGCCACCUUCAGGUCAGACACACUGUCAACUACAGAGUCUAGAACUCUGCAACAGCUGGGAUCAGGUUUCCCAGAUAAGACCAAAGGCUGUCAAUGGAAGCAGGGCAUUAACAGCCCCCAUCCACAGUCCUUCAGAAUUCCUAGCCUUGCCUCCAGCUCCAAGCCUGGAAGAAACAGAGAACAAAACCACGAAAGACAUCAAAGAUGAGUUUUUAAAGACUCUGGAUGCCUAUGAGGGCACAAAAGAAAAACAAGACACACCAAUCAUGGCUUUGGCACACCCUGACUUGCAGCAGCCUCUGCACUGCACGGAUACUGAGAGCCUAAGUCAGAAGCCUGCUUCUGGUGAUGCUCAUUUUGUGGGCAUCAGCAUGGGUCUAAAAGAGCAUGGGGACCUGCAGAAUGAGAUUGGAUCCAGUUUUGAUCUUAAAGAUGUCACUACACUUGAGGCAGACAUUCAACUUCCCCAACUCCUGAACAACCUCACAGACAUAGACCGGGAUCAGGCUUGUGAAAACUGGAGUAUCAUCAGGGGUCCACCUGACCAGGUGAGGAAGAAUAAACAUAAAUCCUCUGAGCUGCUUGAGGAAGCUCCUCAGGCCAAAAUCCAACACCAGGACCUGGUGGAGGGAGAACAGGCUGUGUGGGUAGCUGGGGCUAGUGACAGAGCUAUUGAAAACAUGGAAAAGAACCAGAAGAGCAAAGCUCCCAAAGUGGUCCCCAACAAGAACAGAAGAGUUAGAAAACAGGUGAAGGAAAGAGCAAGUGGACCAGGGAACAUCUCUAAGAAAACAGAGGAGCUUAAGCUGUCAAGGAACAAAGUCAAAGGAGAAGAGAAGCCCACCAUCCCCAAGACCAAGAGGAAGAGGAAUCCACCUGAGCUCAGUCAAAACAGCUUCAAGAAGCCUAGAACCAACCUUGGCAUGCACAUGCUGGAGUCUGUGCAGGUCUUUCACCCACUGGGGAAGAAGAAUGAGAGGAAAACUGGCACUUCCUCCUUUGGGGGUCUGAGAACCUUCACCAGCAACAAAGAUCCAGGCACAACCUCUGUUGUUACUACAGCAGUGUUAAACAUGCCAUGUGAGGGUCAGGGUCCUCCCAAAGGUCCAGGGAAGAUUCAUAGAGUAGAGGGCAGUGCCAACAAAGACUGUCUAUCUCCAUCCACGUAUGAGCUGCCCCCAGCUGGGAAGGUCAGGUUAGUGCCUCUUCCUUUUCCACCAACCCUGGACAAGCCUCAAGCCAGACCUGUUUCUAGAAAGCCUCUUUCCCUCACUUUACAAAGGCCCACUACAGCUUAUCCUGUGCAGACUCACUCCCACUCAGUUCAACCUACGUCACUCAGGUCAGCCCAACCAGCUCCUCUCAGCACAUCUUUGGUGGCUUCUGACAAACCAGCUCCUCCAGGCUCCUCCAGAGCCACACAACCUAAUGUAGCCAACACCAUCCAGUCUAGUGCUGCGACUUCCUUGGCCUCCUCCAGGCCUGCACCAUACAGACCAUCAUCUCAUACUUCAUUUCAGAGAGAGCAAGUUUCUGCUGCCAGGAACAAGGUGCCAUCACCUCCCAAACCUCAAACUCAAUACCUGCUGCAAGACUUCAGCCGCCAACCAAUUCCAUGGAGGAAAGUCGACAUUCUGGGACCAGUUGUCUCACAGCCUAUCACAAAAGAGCAGAGGCCAGAGAGGGAGGCCAUGAAGAGGCUGGCUCAACAGGAGCGAGAGAAUGCUGUCAAGAAAACUUCUGAGAAACUGCAGCUUUUCCUUCAGAGGGAGAAGGAUAUGGAAAUUUCUCAAUAUUAUGGCUAUGUAAUGUAA